AUAAAGCCAAAUGCGAGAAGUCGAAUUUAUUCACUCCUGGACAUCCGAUUAGUAAGAACAGAAGCUUGUACACAUAUUCCAAUAUGAAUAACGGAGUACUCCUAGUCUUCGCAACUAUUUGUUGUAUGUUGAUUCAAGCUGCACCCAAUGAAAUAUGUGGUCCAAACGAAAUAUUUUCCAACUGUGGUCCUUCUUGUCCGCAAACUUGUGAAUCUUUAUUCAUGGGGGAACAACCGUGCGGAUUGCGGUGUGAAAUUGGAUGCUUCUGCCAAGAAGGUUUGAUUCGCAAGGCAAACGGUGAAUGUGUCCAUCCAUCCGAGUGUCAACUUUACAGAAACAAUCUCCGACCACCAUGUGAAAGCAAAUAUUCAACCGUUAACUAUAUAGCGCAACAGUGCCGUGGUGCCAGUCAUCGAUCAGAAGCUUCAACGUUCUUGAAAAUGAAACUUGCUCUUGUUGCAAUUUUUGCCGCCUUAUGUACCAUGGCGUACGCUGUGCCUCAAUGUGCCUCAGAUUGUCGCGGUCCAAACGAAGUGUUUUCCAACUGUGGAUCUGCCUGUCCAUUAACCUGUGACUCCUGGCAGCGUGGACCACAACCGUGUGCCUCGUCUUGCCAGAGUGGAUGUAUCUGUCAACCUGGAUUCGUUCGUAACAUCCAGGGAACGUGCAUCGAACCGGCUUUAUGCCCAAGAGCAUGCAACAGACCACCCUUCCCCAGCUACCACUAGUUGCUGCUAACAGAUUGGAUAUUUAUACACCUACAAUGACGAUCAUUUCAUCGAGUCUCGAAUCGGACAAACUCAUUCCCUGUGAUAGAUAUCCAUUUGGUUUUGAGAAUGAAAGUACUCUGCCAAAUAUCAUACGAACGUUCGAAGAGUUACUGGAAUAAAUUAUUUUAAGAAAAUAAAAUAAGUGUAUUUCAAAGUA